AUGGCAUCCGCGGAACAGGUCGGCCUCAACAAAACAUGGGAGCUAUCGCUCUACGAGCUGCACCGCACUCCCCAGGACGCGAUCACCGACAACACGGAGAUCGCGGUCAGUCCGCGGAGCCUGCACAGCGAGCUCAUGUGCCCGAUCUGCCUGGACAUGCUGAAGAAGACCAUGACCACCAAGGAGUGUCUCCACCGUUUCUGCUCGGACUGUAUUAUCACGGCUCUACGGAGCGGUAACAAAGAGUGUCCUACGUGCAGGAAGAAAUUAGUCUCCAAAAGAUCUCUCAGGCCAGAUCCAAACUUUGAUUUGCUAAUCUCGAAGAUCUAUCCAAGCAGAGACGAGUACGAGGCACAUCAGGAACGAGUUUUGGCUAAACUGAACAAGUCACAUUCACAAGCAGCGCUUGUUAACUCUAUCACAGAGGGCAUUAAGCUACAGAGUCAGAAUCGUCCGCAGCGCUCCAGAAAGAAUGCCAAUGACUCUGAAAAUGCAACAUCUUACAACAAUACGCCAAAUAUUAGCGCGCCUACGACACCAAAUCCAUCUAAUGCAGCAAAUCAAAGUGACUCCUCUCAGAGCGCGACAGGACCUCUGAAUAGUGGAGGAACAACAUCUAGAAAUUCUACCACACCGUCGCCAAACCCAGCAAAUCAAAUCCCAAAACCAUCAAAACGGCAGAAAAGUCUUCAAAAUUCGGAGAAUGAUUCCUCUAGUGCAGAAGCUGAAACAGGUGGUGGUGACUCCAUGGUUGACACCGAAGGUGAAGGUCCAAGUGAACCUUUAAUGCUUAACGAAAUUGAACUUGUCUUUAAACCACAUCCUACAGAGAUGGCAGGUGACAAUUCUUUAAUAAAGGCAUUGAAGGAGAAUAGUAUUCGCUAUAUAAAAACAACUGCAAAUGCCACAGUGGACCACCUGAGUAAAUAUUUAGCUAUGCGAUUAACAUUGGAUUUGGAUACUGAACUAUCGGAAUCAGAUAGGCUAUUAAAUUUUUGUAUCUAUAUCGCGCCUUCACCCGGACAGCUUGUAGUAUUAAGCGGUUCACAAACGUUACGACAAGUAAACGAUAAAUUUUGGCGUGUCAAUCGACCUUUGGAAAUGUAUUACUCAUGGAAAAAGACCUAGGGAAGGCCUCAAAAGUAUCAAUCAGACGGGAGCUAAUUGCACCGUGCUCACACGAAUGAGUUAUCAUUCAUAUUCUAUGGAAUGCAGUAGAAUGCAUCAAAUGUAUGAAGUACGUAUCAUUGUUGUAUUGUACUGUAUUUCACUGCUUUCAAUUUGAUUCGACAUCAAGAUAAAAUAAUCGUAAUCAUCGACAAUGGUGCAAUUUUUACAUCUUCAAAACCGGUUAUCUGGUUUCGUUAAUAAGAAUUGACAGACCAAGUAAAACUUAUAAAACUGAUUUAAGCGGCAUUAUACAUUCUGAAUGUUGCACUCUUUGAAUAGUUGCAAUAUCAUGAAGCAUACUCGAAUUAUUUUUUAUUGAGUUGUGUUUCAUUCAGAGAGGUAUCCAAAAUAUAGUAGUAUAAUUAUACUAUUUAUCAUCUUUUUUCAAUUUUUUAUUAUGUUACCUUUUAUAUACAAUGUUAUAAUAUUUUUAAGUGUAACUAAAUAAAUUUAUUGAAAAUUGAGUGCAUUUUAUACUAAUUAGUAUUAAUUUAAUUGAUGCUCUUGCAAAUGAAUGUAUAACUUUUAUUUUGUUCAAGAUGUAUGAUACCGUUUAAAUUUAAAUUGCAUUACAAUAACUGACAAAUGUACACGCAAAUAAAAUUAUAAACCGAAUUGCAAUUACCAUUUCACAUCAUAUACAUAUAAAAGAUACAGAAGUUUUAUGUACGUUUAUAAAAGGUAUAUAUGUAUAUGUUAUAUUCACAUAUAUUCAUACAUGUUAUUCCGUCAUUAAGUGAUCGUAAUAGUCAUUAAUUUAUUUAAAUGAUUCUCAAUCGCGUGGACCAUAUUGUAUAGUUUGCAGAAAAAGAAUAAAUCUAUGUAUAUACAAA